UCCUAUUCCUGGGAUCUCUUUUUAGUCAAUGCAACAGAAAAGGAUAGGAUGGAAGUUCCCUUUUGCAGAGCUGCAGGGCUGCUGGGCUCGUCAGGACUCGGUGCCAUUCUAAAGUCAUCAGAGCCAAGCCCACUGCCUUCUGAGCCCACCCUGCCAGAUCCUGGCGUGACAGCCACACUGUCCUCACAUGAGCUGUCUCUCGAGACCAUGGGUCGGCCUGUCCUGUCAGCCCUGGGGAAACCCUCUCCAGAGCCCACUGCUGGUGUCCCCCGGAUUCCUGCUGCUGGAGACUCUGCAGUCCCAGGGAAGGUUCCCAAGGAAGGGCCACCAGACCCAGAGCCAGGGCCACAGGGCAAGAGAUCCCUGACGACGGGCCCCCCUGAGAGGAAUGGGCCCCCAGCCAACCCUGCUCAUCACCUCUCUGAUUUUGAAGCCUAUUAUGGUGAUAUCCAAGAAGCGAUACCGUCCAGAGGAAGACAGUUAGGGAACAAUGUCACCCUCCCAGGGUCAGGACCAAGUUUGAGUGUGGAGGAGGAGACUCCUGGUGAGGGAGAUAACCUAGUGGGCCCUUCUGCCUCCAAGGACAGAGCCGUGUCCAUCCUCCUGGUUGACUGGCCCAAGGCCCUGGUGGGCCGAGAUGUUUUCCAAGGCUAUGCCUCCUCAGGCAUCACAGAACAAACCGUGACAAUCAAGCCAUUUUCCCUGAGCAGUGGAGAGACAUACGUCCUGCAAGCGUCUGUGGCUUCCGAGCACAGCUUACUGGGUAAAGCUCAGCUCUACUUGACAGUAAACCAAGUGCCAGGGGACGUGGCCUGCCAGGUGCAGCCCCCCUGUGGCCUAGAGGCACACACCGUCUUCAGCGUCUUCUGCACGUCAGGAAAGCCGGACUUUCUUUAUGAAUUUAGCUACCACAUAGGAAACGCCUCCACCCACACUUUAUACUGCGGGAGAGAUUCCCAGUAUUAUUUCUCUCUGCCAGCUGGCGAGCCCUUGGACGAUUACAAAGUUUCGGUUUCCACUGAGAUCACAGAUGGCAAAGGCUCCAAGGUACAGCCAUGUGCUGUGCUGGUGACUGUGCUGCCCUACUACCUUGGGAGUGACUGCCUGGACGAGGGCCUAUAUAACGCCAGCCUGAAAAGCCUGUCUACACUCCAAACGAUGGGGAGUUACACGGAAACCAGGAACUAUAUCACCAUGACCACUGAGAUCCUGAGUCGUUUGUCAAAGGAGGAUAGAACCAACUCGUGCGGCCAGUGGUCACGGAUACAGGAUGCACUGAUUACUUCUGCAUGCAAAUUAGCUUUUGCAGAUGAGGAAGAAAUGGCUGAUUCUGUUCUUAUGUUGAGAAACCUCAUAAGCUUCUCUAAUAAGCUCAGCCGUGUGAGUGCCUUCCUCAUCCUCAAAUACUCCCGGGCGCUCCUUGCUCAAGGCUGGUUCUCGGGAGGGUGUGCGGCUGACAGAGGCCUCAGGCUGGAGCUCAUCCGUCUCAUAGCCAGAGUCUGGGACGUCUCUGAGCAAGAACAAUCGAGGCGUCAGGACUAUCUGGGAGAGGAGGCAAUCGCCAUCAUCACAGAUGUAUUGCUUGGCUGUUUAGCACUGACCCACGUUAGCGUUGGGCAGAUGGAGUUCCGGACGCUUCUUCAUCACAACCUUCAGAGCUCCAUCCAGAGCCUGGGCUCCGUCCAGGUACAUUUACCUGCUGACUUCACUGGGCACAGUCCUGCUGGGGCAGAAACGCAGAGUCCGUGCUACAUUAGCCAGCUCAUACUCUUCAAGAAGAGCCCAUAUCCAGGGCCCGGAGCUCCUGGACAGAUCAGUGGAGUUGUUGGCCUCACCCUCUACAACUGCUCCAGCAAAAGGCCCAUCAACAGACAAUGGCUAAGGAAACCCCUGACUCUGGAGUUUGAGGAGGAAGUCAGCCUAGAACAUAGGAGACAUAAAACGACAUUUGUAUUGCUUCAGGAUCAAGUAAAUUUCCAUCAGUUCACUGGACUUUCUGAAGACCCCCAGGAGUCUCUACAGAUAGAAAUCAAAUUUUCUAAACCCAUCACUAGAGCAUUCCCCAUCAUGUUACUAGUAAGAUUCUCAGAGAAACCUACACCUUCAGAUUUUCUUGUGAAACAGAUCUACUUCUGGGAUGAGAAAAUUGUACAAAUGUAUGUGCCUGCUGUUUCACAGAAAGAUGCCAAGAUAGGCUAUUUAUCCUUAUUAGACGUUGACUAUGACAGAAAAGCUCCAAACAAAUAUUUAGCGAAGGCAGUGAACUAUACCAUUCGUUUCCAAUGGAUCCGAUGCCUGUUUUGGGAUAAGAGAGAGUGGAAGUCUGGAAGUUUCUCUCCACAACCAGGAACUUCUCCUGAAAAAGUUAACUGCAGCUAUGAUCGCCUCGCUACGGCAUUCUCUGUCCUACGAAGAAGGCUGAAUGCCAGUUAUGAUGCAAGUGACAUCUCUCAGUUACAGAGUCACCCAGAAAACCUGCUUCCCAGCAUUUUUAUUGUGGUUUUUAUGAUUUUUUAUGGAUUUUUGGUUGCUAAAAGCAGACAAGUAGAUCAUUAUGAAAUGAAGAAAGCCGGGUACAUCUUUCUGCAGGAAGUGCCCCCACCGGGCCACGCACUAUAUGCGGUUGUCAUCGACACUGGUUUCCGGGCCCCGGCCAGGCUCACCUCUAAGGUUUACAUUGUUUUAUGUGGUGAAAACGGACUUUCAGAAACCAAAGAGCUCUACUGUCCAGAGAAGCCCCUGUUUGAAAGGAAUUCUAGACACACUUUUAUCCUGAGUGCUCCUGACCACCUGGGCUCACUGCGGAAGGUCCGCCUCUGGCACGACAGCUGUGGGUCUUCCCCGGCCUGGUUCCUCAGCCACGUGAUGGUGAAGGCACUGCACACAAGACAGAGCUGGUUUUUCCCCGCCCAGUGCUGGCUCUCGGCAAGCUGGCACGACGGCCGUGUGGAACGGGAACUCACUUGUCUACAAGGGGGGCUCGGCUUCUGGAAGCUUUUCUACUGCAAGUUCACGGAGUACCUGGAGGAUUUUCACAUCUGGCUCUCCGUGUACAGCCGGCCCUCCUCCAGUGGGUACCUGCACACGCCCCGCCUCGCCGUGACCUUCUCGCUGCUGUGUGUCUACGCGUGUCUCGCUGCCCUGGUCACCGCUGCAGGGCAAAAGCAGCUCCCGUUGGAUGUCAGCCCCCCUGGCAUGACUCCUGGGCCCUUCAGGAUGGGUCUCCUGUGUGCCUUCCUGGCUUCUCCAGGGGCCCAGCUCCUGUCGCUGCUCUUUAGGCUCAGCAAGGCAGCCGCAGGGCCUUCCCAGGCUGAACCUCAAGGUCUCAUGGGAGGGGUGCAGACAGAGGCCACUGGGGCCGCCAGCAGUGGUUUGGAAGGAGUUGUACCCCCAUCGAGGGCCCGUUGGCCGUGGUCAGGCUAUGCAGUGUGGGCCAUUUGUGUGAUGGUUUCCCUGGGCUGUGGCAUGGGGACAGGAUUUCUAGGCUACCGGUUCAGCCCGGCGCAGUGUGUGUGGUGGCUGCAUCUGCUGUCCCUCUCCGUGGUCUGCUGUGUUUUUGUCACCCAGCCACUAAUGACAUGCCUCAUGGCAUUGGGUUUUGCUUGGAAAAGGAGAGGCGACAACCAGUUUUACAGGGAGUCUUUAUGUGAGGCAACCAGGAAUCUGGACUCUGAGCUGGAAGAACGUUCCUGGACUCACCUUCCACUUUCUUCAAGCUACGGUUUUCCUGGCUGUGCCGCUGAAGUUGAAAAAGUGUUGGCUGCGCGGCAGCGAGUGCGGCGCCUACGCUGGGCAUGUCCACCAUCCACAGCCCAGCUCAAGGUCACCAGGGAGCGGAUGAGGAGAGAGAGCCGCGCGCAGGCUGCCCUGAGAAACCUUUCCAUGUACAUCCUCACGCUGCUUCUGCUUUUGUGUAUAACGUACGGGGGAUUCUCCCAGGAUGAAUAUUCUCUCAAUCAAGCUAUCCGGAAGGAACUGACAAGAAAUGUCAGAAACUCCUUGGGAGGCUUGAGAAGUGUGGCCGACUGGUGGGACUGGAGUCUGACCGUGCUGCUGGACGGCCUGUACCAGGGAGGCCCUGUGGCAGCCAGUGGGCCAGAGGCUCAGGCCGGAGCUCUUGGAGGAAAAUGCUUCCUAAUAGGAAGUCCAGUAAUCCAGCAGCUAAAAGUUUCUCCCAGCAGUUCCUGCAAGCCUCCGGGGACAUUUUCCGUACUCACUGAAGACUGUCUUCCCACAUGCAACCCUGACAUUGGAGGCCCUGAGAACCCCCACCUAACUGAACCACAGAACCAAAAUGUGACCCCAGCCUGUCCCAGGGGCUGUGGGGCAAGGGAGGACUGUGUGCUUAGUUUGGGCAGAACCAGGUCCAAAGCCCACAGGGCCCUGGCAGGACUCAGGGCCAGCAGGUGGAUUGACCGCAGCACCAGGGCUGUGUCCGUGCACUUCACCCUCUAUAACCCCCCAACCCAGCUCCUCAGCAGCGUGUCUGUGAGCUUGGAGAUCCUCCCCACAGGGCGGCUGGUACCUUCAUCCCUGGUGGAGUCAUUCAGCAUCUUCUGCAGUGACUCAGCUAAGAGUCACCUCCUCCUUCUUCUCAAGCUGGUCUUCCUGGUGCUCAGCCUGGUCCACCUCUGUCUUCAGCUCUACAGUAUGACAGAGAAGAGCGUUUUUAACUACUGGAGAAAACCAAGAAACUGGCUGGAGCUCUCUGUGAUUGGAGUGAGCCUCGCCUACUAUGCGGCCUCCAGCUACCAGGUGACACUUGCCGGAGAUGUCACCGACCAGCUCCACCAAGGACUUAGCCAAGGGUGUCUGGACCUCACCAUUAUGGCAUCUUGGAACCAGAGGGUGCGGUGGCUCCAGGGAAUCCUCUUGUUCCUCUUGAUGUUAAAAUCCAUCUACCUGCCUGGCAUCCAUAAAACAAUGGUGUCCUGCACCUCCGUGAUGCACUCCAGCGUCUUUGUGCCAGUGGUGGCCGGGGCCCUGCUGCUGGCUGCCAGCUCCCACCUGCGCUGGGCUCUGCCCUCCACCGCGGCUCCACCAGCCAGCACCUUCGCAGACUUCUUCCCAGGGCUGCUGCUUCGUUUUCCAGGAAGAAAUCGAAGACACCUAUUCCUCGGCCUUUCUGAGUCUGACUCGGGGGCCGCCUGCUACUGUGUGGCCCUUUCUGCAGUAACGACCAUACUGUGUUUGGGAAUGCUAAGAGGUUCCCUCAUGUCUUUAACCAGAAAAAGAAAAUCUAUUCAAAGUAAAUAUCUCAUGAGACUUAAAGAUGUUGCUGCUUACACCUGGGAGAAGGCUGUCACCUUCUUGGGUCUGGAAAUACCAAAGUUGGAAGAGGCAGAGACGCCUGAGAAUCACCAUUACUACCUGGAAGAAUUUGCAAAUCUGUUGGAUGAACUUCUGAUGAAGAUUAAUUGUUUGUCCGACAGCCUACAACUCCCUCUUCUGGAAAGACAAUCCAGUAGUAUAAGGGAAGGAAGAGCCGAAGACAGUCGCUUGGUGGGCAUUUCUAGUUACCAAGCCACCAAGGCAGAAGCAAGAAAACUUGGUUGUAGAAGUUCAGGAAUGUGCACUGACCUUUGAAGGACCUAUCAAUGCACUGCAGAAGACAAGAGAAUGGCCCUAAUCAGAAAUCUCCAAAACAAGAAGAGCUGCCUCUGGACACCUCCUUUCUCCAACCCAGCCCAUGGUUUGUCCUGGUCCCCAUGUAUCUCUUAAGGGUGAAAUUUGCAAACAUGAAGGCAUCUGAGCUCUUGAAUUGCUCUGGUUUUUACCCAGUGAGAUUCCAGCCUUGUCUGUGGGCCUCACACCAUCUGUUCCCACUUAACUGCUGUACCAAGACCAAGACGGGGGUGGAAGGAAGAGGCUCUUAGACUGAAAAGGGAGAGUCAAUAUUUCUGGAAGCUGAAAAAUUCUGGGUUAUUUAGUAUCCAAGUAAUAUGUUUGUAUCAGUAACCAAAUACCUCCAUAAAGAACACCAGCAGAAAAUGUGGGUGGAAGGAUCAGAGAAUUUAGCGAAGCACAGAACCCUGGGAGCUCUGCCUGAAACAUAAACCGUUUUUGUGGGCAUGGUAGUUGAGCCAGCUGAUAAUUUGCUCCUAAAGAAACAGCACAUUUCAGCUUAACUUAGCUAUGAAAGACUCAACAGAAUUUUUGAACAGCAUCAUAUCCCAGACAGAAGUCAAGAAAGGAAUCCAAGUCUGCCAGUGAAUGCAAGGAGUCAGGCUGUCCACAGGCACCACCUUGAUAACUUGAUCUCCGGUCUCAGGUGACGGGCCGCUUGACUGCAUGUGUAGCCAUCUGACCUUUUGGGUAAACAUCUGUCAGCAGUGUCUAAUUUCUUACACUUCUGCAUCCAAAUUUGCUGCCUUUGCCUUAAUAAAUAAGUGGAAAUGUUUGCGGUACUGGACAGGGGACAGUGUGCAGUUUUGUCAUUCUUUAGUGCACAUACGUUACCUGAGUGAAGAGAAGAAGAAAGAAUGUGUUUUCAAAGUCUUAAGAUUCUCUCCACAGGAUAAAAGUCCUGAACUACCUGUUAGCUCAGCGUUAUUUUCUUAGAGGAUGUGGUCAUCAGUGUCCAAGUCCAUGUCCAAGCCCACCCUACACAUUGUGCUGGGUCAGAGAAGAUGCUCGUCUGACCAAGGCCAGCCCUGAAAACCGACUUCUAAUGAGACUUAAGAAUUUCAUACCAGAAGUGGAUGAAAGAGGAACUUUUCAGGCCAUAAAUCUCUUGUGCACCAGUGAUAUAUAGUUGCAUUUCAGUUGCCCUUGUCUUUAUUCUAGAUUUAAACAUGCCGGAAGUUGGUAAAUCUUAGGUCAAAGACCUUGGCAGCACAUCAAAGAAUAGAAGCUUCUUAAUUGCUCAUAAGAGAAAUUAUUUUCCUCAUCUUCCUCAAACUUGAGCACAUUUUUGGUGAGUCACUAGGUCUGUUAAUGUCCUCAGGUGUCUCACCAGUGUUCUUUAUGCUCAUCUCGGGGAACGUCACCUAUAGUGCUUUGUUUGUUCCCUGCUGAGGUGGAGCUAUAACCCACUCUAGAAAUUGCACCAAGCAGAAGGUCUUUACUCAGGCAUGAAAACUAGUUCAUUUAACCUCUUCUCCAUGUGGAAGUCUCUCCCAUGGGAGGUGUUUGUGUUCCUCCUCCUGCCCCCAGAAACCCCCCACCUCCGUACCUAUGGGAUGUGGCUUUGAGUCACCUCAUCUGCCAGUGAACUCCUGGUGAUUCUCCUUUGGCUCUGUUAGUACUUUUUGUGUCUCCCCAGAACAGCAGCCCAAGAGUGAGAUGAUUAGGAAGAACGUGCUCCGUGCUGAAGGCUAACUGCUCAGCACAUGUAUCUCCGCCUCUCCCUCACAGCUGCAGCCCACAGACUGUUUGGGUGCACCCUUGCCUGAGUUCUCCCUACGGCCUCUACAGAAAGCAGCAAUUCCUGCUUCUGAGUCUGCUCCUGGAGACAUCACACAUCCACUUCUUUAUGCCCUUUUUUCCUUUCCCAGUGUAAGUGAUGCCAGGAGCAAGUCUGGAAGCCUUGUGUUUAAGAUGACAGAGCUGCCCCUUCUGAGCUGGCAACUGUAGUGACUUCUCUGAGAA